UUAUAUUAUAUUUAUGUAGCCGAAUUAAAAUCAAACACCGAUUCCAGGAUCAGUAGAAAUUAUCAAAGGUAUAAUGUCUUAAGUAUCUUAAUUAGAUAAAUUAUAUUGGAUUUCUGAUAGACAAGCACCUAGAAACUAGCCAAAUGCAUUCUAUUUUUGUAUUGAUCAGGUAUAAGAUGGAAUAUAAUUUGUUUUCAGGAUCUUGUGUAUGAGCCUUUUUUUGCGGAUUUUGGUCCAUUAAAUUUGGGUCACACAUAUAGAUUUGUAACAGAAUUAGAGAAAUUGCUUAGUGAUAGAACAUAUUAACAAUAUGCCAUUUAUCAUUAUACUAGUUUAGAUAGUGCAAAAAGAGCUAAUGCUGCUUACUUGAUGGGUGCAUUUUAAGUGAUAAUCUUAAAAAUGAGUGCAGAUGAUGCAUGGAAACCAUUCCAAUCAGUAAAACCUGCAUUUUAAGAUUUCAGAGAUGCAAGUUAUGGAUAAUGCACUUAUAAAUGCACAGUAAAUUUUAUUUAAUAUUUAUUUAGAUUCUACAUUGUUUAAGAGGUUUAGAAUAUGCAAUCAAAUUAAAAUGGUUUGAUGUUAGAAAAUUUAAUCUUAGAGAUUAUGAAUUUUAUGAAAGAGUAGAAAAUGGAGAUUUAAAUUGGAUUGUUCCUAAUAAAUUCAUAGCAUUCUCAGGACCUUCUGCAACCUAAAAAGAUGCUGAUGGAGUAAUUAUAUAUCUUCAUUUAGAAUCGUACAUUCACUCCAGAAGAAUAUGUACCUAUAUUCAAACAAUUUGGUGUAACCUGUGUUGUUAGAUUAAAUAAAAAAGCUUAUGAAGAAUAAAGAUUCAUAAAAAAUGGUAUCAAACAUGAAGAAAUUUAUUUUCUUGAUGGUUCAGUCCCAGGAGAUGAUAAGAUUUUAAGAUUCUUAGAAAUUGCUGAAAAAGAAAAUGUUGUAGCUGUUCACUGUAAAGCAGGAUUAGGUAGAACAGGAACUUUGAUUGCUGCAUAUGUAAUUAAACAUUAUAGGUGAAAAUAUUUUCUAUAAUAAUAGAUUCCCUGCUCCUGAUUUUAUAGGAUGGAUUAGAAUUUGUAGACCAGGAAGUAUUCUAGGACCAUAAUAAAUCUUUUUAUUAGUAUUUUCUUAAUUAGAUAUAGCAAAAAUAAAAUUGGUUAGUCAGUUUAGGAAAAGAUUCUCCGAUAUGGAAUCAAGUCAAAUAAAUUGCAGCUGAAGUUAACAUUGAAAAAAGAUUAAAAGAUUUACAAUUAGGACCUAUGAGUGAGGGUAUAAUCUACCAUUUUUAUUUUUUUAGCUGAUAAAAAUAAAGCCGAAAAAGGUGAUUAAGAUUAGGCUUAAAUAUUGAAUAAAGCAAAAUAAAUGAAGUAAAUUAUUUUCAUCUAAAUUCCUUAGUUAAACUUCUAAUUCACCUGGCUUAAAAAAAUGAAAGAUUAAUUAUAAUGUUAUUAAAUAAAUUUAGGCAAUC